ACAAAUUUAAGCUUACGAUUUUCACCAUUUAAGUAUUUUUGGCCAGCUAAAAAAACCACCAGGGGACCUAAUCGAAUGUUGAAGCAGUUAGAGGGCGCACGGCAGAACGGCUCCAGGAUCAAGAUUGUGUAUGACCCGCGACAUUGUGGAGCGGCUACCUCACAGCAGCAUAGCGGCAUCGCUACUAGUUGUGGUGUUGUUAUUCGAGAUAAUUGUCCCUUUCAGCGGGGGUCUUGGGCAAAAAUUCCCGAGGAGACGAGGACAUUAGUGCGAGACAGGUUGUCGUGCGUUUAUGAUCUUGAGGACAUAUCCCCUGAGGCUAUGGCCUACUUAGAGGGGACCUUAGCAACCCGAUACAAACAAUGGAAGAACAAUUUUCACACGCUUUUUAAGCAAUGGAAUGAUCCGGAGAUUGCUCGUCUACAUGUUCCAAUGGAGUUGAAGGACCGGCCAGAGGAUUGGGAGUGGCUCUGCAAACAUUUUACGGACCCAAAAUUUGUGAAGAAAUCUAUUGCUGGCCAGAAAGCUCGGGAGUCAAAGACACUUCUCCACCAUUCUGGUUCAAAGCCCUUUUCGUAUAGGCUUGAGGCACGACGUGAGGAGGGUUCUAUGUUCCCAGAGAUCGACAUGUUCGAGGAAGUUUACGUUCGACCUAAUAAUGAGACCACUAAGCAACUUCAUGCUACUAUGGUGGAAAAAAGAGAUGAUGUUCUCCACGAAGCAACAUCGCAGCUUCCCUCGGAGACUCCGAUCGAGGACAUCACACUACCUGAGGAUGUAGGUUUUCAGAUCAUGACUGAUGUCCUGGAUCAGAACUUUGGUCGUCGUCGUGGCAAGGUUGUUCGAGGUAUGGGGAAAGUGCGAGUUCGUGAGACGGGUGCCUCUUCUUCCAGAUCGAAAACAGUAGAGGUCAAUGCAUUGAAGGAGGAAGUGACGCAGUUGAGGGCCGAGGGUGAGCAGAUGAAGGUGCAGCUGAGGGCCCAGGAUGAGCGGAUGAAGGCCCAGGACGAGGAGGUGAGGACCUGUGUCGGGAGGGUGCAAGAACUUGUACAAGCCAUACAGAUGGCUGGCCUCCAAAUCUCGCUACCAGUACCUCAUCUUGCUCCACCUUCGACCUCAGACCCAUCUCGCCCUGCCGAUACCCAGUAGCUUGAUGUAUUAAACCAGUUCACUUGUAGUUUUUUUUUGGUUUGGACAUCUUGUAUGCACAUUUUUAUAUAUUUUAUAAUUAAAUACUUUUGUUUAAUUAA